AUGGCCGAAACAACAGCCCAACAAACCACCGCCUCGUCGCAACUCGAUCUCGGCAUCACCCUCGCCAUCCACAACUGGCCCUCCCUCAACCUAGCCGUCCAGUCCAACUGGGGCGGUCCUACAUCCGCCGACAAGCGCGACUGGCUGUGCGGCGCCAUUUCCGACAUGAUUAACGAGCGACCCGAAACCGACGCGGAGGAUCUCGAGGAUGUCUUGAUCCAGGUUAUGAAUGAUGAAUUUGAUGUCGUUGUGGACGAUGAGAGUGCGGCGCCUGUCGCGGCGCAGAUUAUGGAAAUGAGAGAGCAGACUGCGAGGGGGGAGUUUGGGCCUAUCCAGGAGAUGUACGAGACAUGGCAGCAGAAGAGUCAGCAGAAGGCUAGUAGUGCGGCUGCGACGUUCAAGAAGGUUGAGGCUAGGGAUGAGGAUCAGGAAACGGAUGAUGAGGAGGAUGACGAGGGCGAUGAUGUCGAUAUGGGCGAUGCGCCUGCUCUUGUGAGAGCGCCUAAAGAGAAGGCCCAGCCAGAGAUUGAUGAAGAUGGAUUUACCAAGGUGGUUGGCAAGAAGCGGUGA